AUGAAUCCAUUAUUGACUUUUUUAAAAACAAUAUAAUGUCAUUAAGGCAUCUAAGAAUAUGAAAUUAAGGAUUAAGUUGAGAAGUUAAGAAUUUAAAUCAUAACAACUGGAAACAAUAAAUUAAUUUAUAAUUAGAAUGGAGUAAUUUUGAGAGUUUAAGACAUCUUGAUAAAUACAAAUAAUGAAUAAAUAAGAGAAUCUUAGAAGGAUUCAUAAAUAUUGACCACUAUGGAUUAAAUUAAAUAUCUUAAAUGGAAAGAGGAAUAUGGAUAAUAAAAUAACAAAAUUAGUAAAUGGACAGCAAGUUGGUAGGGGCAACUCUUAUAAAAUGUUGGAGGAUAUUUUAAUGAUGGAUUAAAGUAGGGUAUGUGGAAAGAACUAACUAAAAAUUAUUAGAAGUUAGAUAAAUUAUUAAUUAUAAUUGAUAGAAAUGCUCAAGUCUAUUAUUGUGGAUAUUAUUUCAAUAAUUUGAGAAGAGCAGAAUGGCAGUAUGUAUACAGCAAUAAAAGAAUGUAUUCAUUUAUAUAUUAUUUAGUGGUGGAGGAUUUUAUAAUAAUUAGGGUUAAAAAACAGGAAAAUGGACCAUUCCAUCUGAAGAAUUUUGGGAGUAUAUAAAAAUCAUAAUGAUAUUACAUUAAUAGAAAUAGUUAGGUUAAUUUUAUUGGUGAAUAUAAAAAUGAUCAAAAAGUUGGAUUAUGGAGUAUUUUGUUCAAGAAUAAAUAUAUGUAAAUUAAUUAAUUUAACAUUAACUAUUAUAAGAGGUGGUGGAUAAUAUGAUAAUAUAUUGAAUUCAAUGAAAAUUGGAACGUGGAUGGAUGUUUAUGAGGAUUUUUCUACGUAUAUGUGUUUUAUGCAUAUAUUUAGUUUAAGUUAAAUUAUUGAUUAUGGUUAAUACAAAGAUGGGAAAAAAGUUGGUAGAUGGGAUAUUUUAUUUAGAAGAAAUAAUAAAUUACCAUUUGAAUUAAUGUAUGGUUAUAAAAAUAUAUAUAGUGGUGGUGGUGUUUAUGAUGAUAAAGAUAAUACAAAAGAUAAUUUGAAUGAAUUAAUUAAAAUUGAUAGAUGGAUUGAAUUGAGUGCUGGAUUUUAGAAGUAUUUUUGUAUAUGAAUAUAAAAUUAUUAGUGAUAGUCAAAUUAUUUAUAAUGGUGUAUAUAAGAAUGGAAAAAAGAUAGGUAGAUGGGAUAUUUUAUUUAAAGAUUGGUAAACUGAUUAAUUUACAUUCAUGUAAGUGUAAAUUAAAUAUAUUUUAAAAUUAAAUUAUUGAAUUGUUCAAGUGGUGGUGGAUUAUAUGAUGAGAUAUAAAAAAAUGGAUGUGAUGUAAAGAUUGGUAGGUGGAAUGAAUUGAGUGAUUAAUAUAAUAGGUAUGUAGUAAUGUCUAAUUUUAGUUAAGUUUUAAUGAUUUAUGAUGGUUAAUAUAAAUAUGGUAAAAAGGUUGGUUAAUGGGAUACAUAUAUUUUAUAAAAAAGGUGGAAAUCAGAUUAAAGGAUUUUGAUGUAAGAAUAGAUUAUUAUAUUUCUAUACAUAUUUAUCAUUUAAUAUUAUAGUGGUGGUGGAUUAUAUGAUGACACAUUAUAAAGUGAAGAUGUUGUAUAUGAAGUUAAGAUUGGAAAAUGGAUUGAGUUAAGUUGUGGAAUUAAUAGGUAUUUUAUUUUUAGUGUGAUUAUUUAAUUAUUAAGUGAAGCAUAAAUUAUAUAUAAUGGAGAAUAUAAAAAUGGAAGAAAGGUUGGUAGAUGGGAUUUAUUAUGUAAGGGAUCACAUUUUGAGAAAUUUUAAUAGAUGUAAAAUUAAAACAUUUAUAUUGUUAUUUAAAAACUAUUGUAAAAUUAGUGGUGGUGGUGAAUAUGAAGAUGAUAGGGUUUUAGGAUAAAUAAAAAUUGGAAAAUGGAUUGAAUUAAGGGAUAAUUUUGAAAGGUAUUGUAGUGUAAUUACAUUUCUAGUUUAAUCAUUUUUGAGGGUGAAUAUUAGAAUGGUAAUAAGGUAGGUAGAUGGGAUAUUUAUUUUUAAUGGAAUGGAAAAAAUAAAAAGAUGUAACAUUAAUACUAUUAUUUUCACAUAUCUAUUUUUAGUGGUGGAGGAUUUUAUGAUAAAGACCCAAUAGUUAAUGUUGAAUCUGUUAAAGUUGGAAAAUGGAUUGAAGCUAGUGAUUUAUUUAGUUGGGUUUAUUAAGUAACUUUUAUUGGUGAAUACAAAAAUGAUAAAAAAAUUGGUACAUGGGAGGAGGUAGAUAUUAGAGGAAAUUUUAAAAUGUUAGUAUUUUAUUAUAGUAUUAAAAUUUAGCAAGGAAAUAAAUUAUGA